AUGAAGGUCCACCCGAUGCCGCCGAAGAAGAGGAACAUCGCCUUCCGGUACGGCGUGGGGCAGAGCUUGGCGGCGGCAGCGAUGGUGGGCCGCCAGAAGAAGCUCCGGCGGCUGCCCCACAUCUUUAGCAAAGUCCUGGAGCUCCCCUUCGCCGCCGACGCAGAGGUGGCCAUCACGGAGGACGUCGAGAGCUUCCACUUCAUCGUGGCGACUGCGGAGGGCUCGAUUGGCAGCAGCGUUCGAGCUCACGCAGUCGAGAUCCACCCCGGGGUGACGAAGGUGGUGAUCAGAGAGAACACCGGCGAGGACUUCGGCGACGGCGGAGGGGAGCUCGAGCUACUGCUGGACGACCUAGAGAUGGAUCGAUGGAGAUUCCGCCUGCCGCCGUGCACAAGGCCGGAGCUGGCGAGCGCCGCCUAUGCCGGCGGCGAGCUCACCGUCACCGUCCCCAAGGGCAGCGGUGGGCUCCUCGAGGACCACGAAGACGACGACGACGGCGGGAACCUCGCCGGCGAAGGCAUCGGCCGCCUAAUCGUUGUACAGUGA